AUGGAGAACAGGAUGAGAGCCACAGACUUGAUUCUUAGGCACUUAAUUGUAGCCAACUUCCUAAGUCUUCUGGUGGCUUUGGGCUGGAGAAUUUUCUUCAAUGAUGUGGGGUGCAAAAUGAUCUUCUAUCUUCACCGAGUGGGCAGGGGGGUAUCGAUCGUUACUGGGGGGGUCUUCCUCCUGCUGUGCAUUGUUUGUCUUAUGUACAUGACUGGACCCAAAGCGCAGGACAACAUGAUGAGCUUCAAGGCCUAUGGAUACUAUUCUGCAGUGUGUCAUGACCUAGCUGCUGAUGUGCUGCACGUGGCCAUACUCUCGGUGCCUGAUGUUCUGUGUCUGGGGCUCAUGCUCUGGGCCAGCAGCUCCAGGCUUUUUGUCCUGUACAGACACAAGCAGAGAAUGCGACACAUCCAGAGGACCAGUUUCUCCACCAGAGCCUCUCUCGAGUCCAGAGCCACCAUAAGCAUCCUCCUCCUGUUGAGCGCCUUUGUCUCCUUUUAUACCAUGUCCUGCAUCUGUCAGAUUUGCUUGUCUGUGAUUUACAACCCCAGCCCUGUGUUGCACCAUAUAGCGGAGUUUACUAUGGGCUGUUUCCCAUCCCUCAGCCCUUUCCUGCUCAUGAGCAGACACUCUACUCCCUGCAGCCUCCUCUUCACCUGCCCAAAGAAGAAGAAAGUGGUACUCCCCUGA